UUGCGUAGCGUUGCCAGCGUACUCCGAUUUGCACUUGAUUUAUUUCAGAUUUCGGACAUUUGCCCAAAGGUACGGGAAACCGGUGGCCCGGCCGCGGCGAGCUUUAGUGGGUUGCUAUAAAUAAGCCGACACGAGCUCACUAUCGAUCAUCCUGGAUAGCAUCCUUUCACACAUAUACAGCACUGCGAAUGGGCUUUCCCCAGUGCAGCGAUGGGUCCGUGGAUGCUGAUGUACCUUCUCGCCAUUGCGAAAAGAAUCCUGGCAGCAGACACAGAGGAGCGGUUGGUCGAGCAUCUCCUUAAUCCUGCCCAUUACAACAAACUGAUUCGCCCGGCAACCAAUAGGUCAGAACUGGUAACGGUGCAGCUAACGGUGUCCCUGGCACAGCUAAUCAGUGUGCAUGAAAGGGAACAGAUCAUGACUACAAAUGUCUGGUUAACACAGGAGUGGCAAGACUACAGGCUGACAUGGAACCCAGAGGAAUAUGAUGGGAUGCUGAAGGUCAGGCUGCCCUCUAAACACAUCUGGCUGCCCGAUGUGGUGCUCUACAACAAUGCUGAUGGUAUGUAUGAGGUGUCUUUCUACUCCAACGCCUUGGUCUCCUAUGAUGGCAGCGUCUUCUGGCUUCCGCCAGCCAUUUACAAGAGCGCCUGCAAGAUCGAGGUCAAACACUUCCCAUUUGACCAGCAGAACUGCACAAUGCGCUUCCGAUCCUGGACCUAUGACCGCACUGAGAUAGACCUGGUGCUCAGGUCAGAUGUGGCCAGCAUGGAUGACUUCACGCCCAGUGGUGAGUGGGAUAUCAUCGCCCUGCCAGGCCGGCGCAAUGAGAAUGCUGCCUACGUGGAUAUCACCUAUGACUUUAUCAUUCGGCGUAAGCCCCUUUUCUAUACCAUCAACCUGAUAAUUCCCUGCGUGCUCAUCACCUCGCUCGCCAUCCUGGUCUUCUAUCUGCCAUCCGACUGUGGAGAGAAGAUGACCCUCUGCAUCUCUGUCCUCUUGGCCCUCACUGUCUUCCUGCUCCUCAUCUCCAAGAUUGUGCCGCCCACCUCCCUGGAUGUGCCACUGGUGGGCAAGUACCUGAUGUUCACCAUGGUGCUGGUCACCUUCUCCAUUGUCACCAGCGUGUGUGUGCUCAAUGUGCACCAUCGUUCCCCCACCACUCACACUAUGCCCCCCUGGGUGCGCCUAAUCUUCCUGGACAAGCUACCCUCCUUGCUAUUUAUGCAGCAACCCCGCAGGACCUGCAAACGGCUGAAGCUUCGCCAGGCUCGCCGGGCCCAGGAGCAGGCGCGGCUGGGUACAGGGCCGCCCACAGAGGGCAGGGGCCUUGCUACAGAGGAUAGUGAAUCUUGCACUUGUUAUGUCAACCAGGCCUCAGUAAAGCAGCUUGGUGGAGAGGCAGGGGCAGGUGGGCUGAAUGGGCUAAGGCCAGGGGCAGACAGCAUCUCUGUGGCCCCCACUCCAGGGAAGCCGCCCCACAUCCUUGGGCACACACUGCUGACACGCGCAUGCCCUGGGUUGGACGAGGCGGUGGAGGGAGUGAGGUUCAUCGCCAGUCACAUGAAGAGUGAGGACGACGAUCAGAGUGUCAGUGAGGACUGGAAGUAUGUUGCCAUGGUCAUCGACCGCCUUUUCCUCUGGAUCUUUGUGUUCGUUUGCAUCUUCGGCACCAUCGGCAUGUUCGUGCAGCCUCUCCUGCAGAACUACACCACCAAGACUCUCCCCCACUUGCCCGGCUGACCAAUACAAGCCAUGGCACACAGAUGGACACAGCUAAUGACCAAUGCCUGCUGGAGUGGGGGUUGGAAGUCCUGGAAGAAGUCCUGUAGAACUGGACUGAUUGCCAGUCAUAUUCAGAUGAUUUUGUUUGAUGAAAAAGUUAGUAAAUUUAUAUAAACUUUAGGAACUAUUUAGUUUUACUAAUGAAAGUAGCGUGUUUCAAAAUAUCCUAUACUUUAAGCUGUCUUUUUAAAAAAAAAAAAAAGAUCACAAGCCAAACAGGAAUACUGCUUUCAUGACGUCAGAAAAUCACUUCUUUCUAUGCACACCCUUUAACAAAAAUAUACACCCCACUCUAAUAGUUACCAUCCUGUCUUUCUGGACUGACACCUAUGAGAGCAAAAAGAGUGUAAGCAGACAGAUAAGCAUCAUUGGAUUAGUGUAGUUUGGUGUAUCAGUAGGGCAUUUCUGUUGUCAUAUCUAUGUUUUUAGCAUAUGAUUAUGGUAUAUUGCAGGUUAACAAAAUAGUGUCUGUACCAAACAUACACUCACAGACAUCACAUGGACAUUGACACAGGUCAAACAGCCGACAUUUGGCAGUUUGAUGUACUUUUAAACCAGCAUUUUGAACACACCUUCCGGUCACAUAUCAGAACGCUUCUUAGCUCUUCUCAUACUUUAUUAGUCUCCACUGAUUGCUGACUUGCUCUUCUGCUCUCUCACCAUCUUUUGGCUCAUUUUAGUCCACUCUGCUUUGCCAGCUCCAGCUCACUCCUACUUUCUUCUCCAUCCCCUCUUCCCUUCAUACAUCUCUCCUCCAUUUCUGUCACUUAGCACCUCUCCAGUCACCAAUCCUAUUACUGAUGGGCACCUACAUUUACUUCAGUUUCACAUUAAUCCACGUCAUCAUACACUUAAGCUUUUGUGUCCAUAUUGACCAUAAUGUUUUUAUGUGUUUCAUGUCAGCUAAUAUUGCUUUUAUGUUCGUUCACAACAAAUAUCUGUCUCUGGAUACUGAUCUCACUGCAGUUAUAUCAAAUUUGUUUCUUCGUAACUGGAUUUUCACUUCUGCAGAUUGCAAAUCCAUAUUAAUUUAAUACCUGUUCAUGCUAAGUUGAUGCCUAUGGUACACCUAUGAAGUUAGUCCAUUGUCAUUAUGGGAUAUUUGCAUAUUAAUGUUAUGUUGCCCAAAAAAAGGAAGUUAGGAGCAUGUAUAAAUAAAGAUAAAUUGGAUCAAAUGA